AUGGACGACAUGGAUUUUGGGGAUACGUUCCAACCCAAGGCCAUCUCGCUAGCAUUGUCGAGUGGAAAGAGAACACUCGACUCCGGCUCGAGCUAUUGUGGAAGCACAACUGCUGGAGGGCGACGUGGCAGGAAGGAGGUACAAAAGAUAUGCCUCGUGCCAGAGUGCGAUGAAAUGAAGAAGCCCAACUCGAAAUGGUGUCGUCAUCAUUCUUGCCAUGCUGACAAUUGCAAGUAUGCCGCAAGCAAGAAGAGCGAGGAGCAGAAGCAAGCCGUCCUCGAUGGUUUCAAGGAUGACAACAAAGCCACUGAGAUGAUCCUUGCUUGGCAGGAGAAAAACAUCGCAUCAGGUUUGUUCAAGAAUGGUGUCGUCGAUUGGGCCGAGUGGAACAGCAAGUUUGGCUUGAGGGUCAGCAUCGUCGACACAUCCAGGAAGAAACCUUACGAGAAGCUAGAGUUCAUCAUCAGGCAGAAGAACAAGUUUGGCCGUUCCGAUGAGGAGGCCAAAAACAUGUGGAACGAAGCCGAGGCAGGCUCAUGGAAGCGUGACUACAAGGGCUACAGGGGACAGCUUCGCUUGUGGCUGCCAAAGGGUGAGUUCCAGGACCGGAAAAGGGAGCAGUACAUCGAUGAGGGCGCGGUGGAGGGCUCCAACCGAAAGAAAGGUGCCAAGGAAGCGGACCGCGAUGCGAUGCGGCAGCAUGUGAACGAGCUCGCGACGAGUCAUGGUCACGAGUUUUUUGCAGGUCGCUCCAGUUUGGCUUCCGGCUCGGAAAGGAUGCGUUGGGAACAUGCUCCCACAGACCGUGAUCUGGAGGAUGAGCUGGAGGAGGCAUGCCCGAUUCCCCACGGUGGUCCCCACGAGCGCCGCCUUCUCAAGCGAAGAAACGAUUCUGAUGAUGAAGAGGGCUUGCUCAAGGAGAGCAACAAGAAGAAGAGGAUCACGAACAUCUUUUCUACAAGAGCCGCUCUUCUCAGCAGCCUGGCAGGUAACAUGAGUGCCAAGGGCCUUGAGAUCACCCACAAUGUGGAACAGGCCCUGCUCAAGCUCAAGGACCAUGACAACGCCCAAAUUGACUUGAGCGACACCGACAAGAUUGCCCGCGAGCACUACCUCAAGCGUGUCUAUGCCCACUUGAAGGCCGCUCACGAAUUUUCUGGUGCGACGAUGCCUCCAGGGCUCCAUGAUCACAUCAAGAAGUCGCUGGGCGACAAUCCAGAGGUCGCUGCUGGUUCGGCCAAGCAGACAGCGGAUGGCCGCCUUGCCAUUCCUCCUCAUGUCGCCUUGAAGUACCCUCAAUUUGCUCGUACAUCGCAGCACAUGAAAGACUUCAUUCAGAAGCUUGAGACCGCUGUCACUGACGAGCAGAGCUUCUACAAGCACAAGCUGAUGUGGGCAAGGAUGUGGGGAUGCACUGUUGAGCUGACAUGA